ACCAAUCCAAACUGUAUGUGUGCUCAGAGUUGAGUUACAACACUUUAUUUAUUUAUGUUAGAAAGAUAAGAUAGAGAGACUCAGAAGAAGAAGCAGCGGCAGCGGCAGAUGAUGGCAUUAGCAGCAGCGGCAGGAGGAGGUGGAGGAAAUAGGAUUGCCAGUAGCAGCAGCAGCAUAAUCUCCCGAAACAACAGAGCUGCUUCUUCUAUUCCUACGAUCACUUUGCCAUUAAUCUCAAAACUUCGAAACAACAACAAACAUACUAAUAACUCACUCCACCAUCCCUUCCAAUACAAACUUCCAACUACAUCUAAUUGUGUCGCAAAGACCAGUAGUACUGUCUCAGCUGCUCCAGUCCAGCAAACCAUCAAUCCCACCACCUCCACAACUCCAUGGUCGGAAUUUGCCAGCAAAAUAUCUGGUGAAUGGGAUGGCUUUGGAGCAGACUUCACAACUGAAGGAAAGCCAAUUGAACUGCCUGAAUCCGUGGUGCCUGAAGCUUACAGGGAAUGGGAGGUUAAGGUUUUCGAUUGGCAGACUCAAUGUCCCACCCUUGCUCAGCCACAGGACUUUCUUAUGACUUAUAAAACCAUCAAACUACUUCCCACUGUAGGAUGUGAAGCUGAUGCUGCAACUCGGUAUAGCAUUGAUGAAAGGGUUGUUGGAGGAGUAGAGAAUAAUGUUUCUGCCUUUGCAUAUCAAUCAGGUGGGUCGUAUGUGGCUGUCUGGCCAAUUGUGGAUAAUGGCCAAUGUAAGCAAUUGGAAUUGGAGCAUUGCUUGAUCAAUCCUCAAGAUAAGGAGUCUCGUAUGAGAAUAGUUCAGGUUGUUCAUGUAGCGAAUACAGCGAUUGAAUUACAAAGUAUCAGAGUUUUUUGCGAGCAGUGGUAUGGGCCAUUUAGAAAUGGUGACCAACUAGGUGGAUGUGCUAUCCGGGAUUCGGCAUUCGCGUCUACCGCUUCCUUGAGGGCUUCUGAAGUUGUUGGUGUUUGGCAAGGUCCCAGCGCUGUUGCCACUUUUGAUUCAUCUCAAAAUGUCUUGCUUCAAGAACUAUCAGAUGACAUUGUGCAGAAGUCAGUGAGAGAUGAACGUGAUAUUAUUUUGCUUCCCAGGCAAUUGUGGUGUUCACUAAAGGGAAACAAAGAUGGUGAAACUUGCUGUGAGGUAGGAUGGCUGUUUGAUCGUGGAUCCGCUGUUACAUCAAGAUGCAUCUUCUCAAGCGAUGUGAAGUUGAAGGAAAUUUUGAUCGCACAGGAAACUGCAAUCUCAGAGGAUGUCUAGCCUGACACUACCAUUCAAACCAGCUCAAUUUACUAGUAAUACAUAGAAAAGAAUGUUGAUAUUUAGUGUGUACGCUGUUUUCAAGCCAAAAAUAAUCACAGAGAUGGGGUUUUUGUAGUGGAGGUAUGUUAUAUUGUUUUUUGCCAACAAGGAGAUGAAAUAUAGCAUGAGGCAGCAGUACAUGCUGCUGUGUUCAUUCUCUCCAAAUUCCUUGUAGCACAAAUACAGAUUACAACAUGUAAUAUUGGAAAUUUUUCUUUUUUGAUCAA